AUGCCACGAGCCCGUUUAGAAUUCGUUGUUUUCUUAUUGUAUUUGUCAAGAGCGGAAGCUAUUAUUUCGCCUCCGAAUGAGAUCGUCGAAGAAUUAGCGGACGUUUUCAGUGAAUGGAGGAACACGCGAAAAGAGUUUAUGGAUUCGAUGAGUGAGUUCAUUACGAUCCUUCAAAGGUGAUUUUCUUUUUUCAGAGCAUCCAAUGGGCCUUCCGCACUUCAACUGUUCCCUUCCUUCCCUUUCUCCGCCCGCCUCCGUCCAUCAGCUCCAUCCCUCUCAAAUUGACGUCGUCGCCGCCCUGGGAGACUCAGUUUCCGUGGCUCAGGCGGCCGAGUCAUCCUCAGUUUUCGAUUUGCUCAGAAUGUAUCCCGGUGUCUCAUUUGUGACUGGAGCUGACGUGGAAUUGAAGGAACAAGCAACACUGAUCAGUACGUUACAGCCGGCCCUGUUGACAAUCUCUUUGCUCAUUUUCAGAUAUGUUCCGUCAAUUUUCUCCGAGAGCGAAAGGAGGAUCAUCGGAUAAGAUUCAAAAGUUCUACGACUUCAACUUUGCAGUUCCGGGGUCUUUCAGUUAUGAGCUCCCGGAGCAGGCGGAAAAGUUGGCUAGAACUUUCGAGCACAGACUAGGAGAAGCGAACUUGAAAUCAUGGAAGUUUGUGAACGUCUUCAUGGGACACAACGAUUUGUGCAGGAUUUGCAUAAAUCAAUCCCUCUACGGCCCGGAGACAUUUGGAAAAUCUCUGCGAACUGCUCUCUCCGUUAUCAAAUCCAAAGUUCCAAACGUUUUCGUCAACAUAAUGCCUCCGAUAAAUGUGCAAAUUCACACGCAAGAUCACAAUGUCAGCAAGUUUUGCGAGUUUUCUCAUAAGUGAGUUUCCAUUUUUCGCAUGCCAGUUCAUUUUAUUCUCUUUCCAGGAAAACAUGCCCUUGUAUUUUUGAACUGGAUAAGCAAGAAUACUUAACCAUCAAACAGAAGUUCGAUGAGCAACUCAGACAAGUGGUCGGAGAGUUCACUGCCAACUCGACCGAUCCUGAAACCUUCACAGUCGUCGUGGCUCCGGCAAUGGAUCUCCAAUCGAUCCCACUUCUGAAUGGACGGACAAACGUCGGUCUUCUGGCUCUGGAUUGCUUUCACUUGUCCCCAAUCACACACGACAUAGCCGCUAAACAGAUCUGGAAAGGAUUGUUCGAAAAAGUCGGAGAGAAGAGUGUCACUUCCCAGGUGUCAGCGGGCUUUGACAGAUUUGUGUGCCCGCCGACAGAAUGCCCGUAUCUCCGGACUAGCGUGAACUCUGCGAACUGUGUUCCUCCGAAAGAGCUCAGACUCCUUCUGACUCCAUCCGCCGACGUUUCCAGUUACAAUUGGACUCUCUUUCCUUUGCUAGGAUUCUUCAUAGCGGGUAAGUCAUUGUAAGCUUGCAUCUGCUAACAAAUGUCAAUUUUUCACAGGAACCACUCUGAUCCUUCUUUUCGUGCGUGCUUCGUUCCGCCGUCCCAGUUCUGAGUUCUGCAACGAACGACGUCGUCUGCUUCUUCCGAUGCGUGCCGACCUCAACGACAACAUCUUCUGA